AUGAAAGAAUCUCUUGAAAAAAUUAGUAGUGAUUCGCGUUCUUCUCAUGAUUCCAAUAUAUUUCUUUCAUUAUUCGAACAAUAUCUCAACGAACCAUCGACAGUUAAUUGGUCAAAAAUAAAGCCACUUGGAAAGGCGUACGAAAUAGAGUAUGAUAAUCUGCGAAAGUACGAAACUAAUGAAGAUAGCGCUAUAUUGAAACGUUUAUGUGUUAUAAAGCUUAAUGGCGGUCUUGGUACCACAAUGGGAUGCAAUGGACCGAAGUCAUUGAUUAAAGUUCGAGAUGGAAUGACUUUUCUUGAUUUUGCCAUCAAGCAAAAUGAAGUUUUCAAUGAAACUCACGAAAGUUGUGUACCGCUAAUCCUAAUGAAUAGCUUCAGUACAGAUUCAGCUAUUAGAGAGGCAAUAAAUUUACGUAAAUCCAAUAUACGACAAUUUAUGCAGUCGAAAUGUCCACGAAUUUAUGCGGACACAUUGGCGCCAUUGCCAAAAGGUGCAGAUGAUCCGCUAGAUCGAUGGUAUCCACCUGGACAUGGAAAUAUUUUCCAAUCGAUGAUGUUUAAUGGAAUUCUCGAUGAAUUGAUCGGUGAAGGACGAGAUAUCUGCUUUAUAUCAAAUAUUGAUAAUACUGGUGCCACAAUUGACCUAACAAUUGCGAAGUUUAUGGCUAAUUCUGAUGUGCAAUAUCUCAUGGAAUGCACUGAUAAAACAGCAAAUGAUUCUAAAGGUGGAACUCUUGUCGAAAUAAAUCAUGGAAUAAUGCAUUUAGAAAUUCCUCAAGUACCAAAAGAAAAUAUUGAAGAAUUUUGUUCAUUGCGAACGUUUAAGAUAUUCAAUACAAAUAAUAUUUGGGUGAAUUUGAGUAGCGUGAAGAAAUGUUUGCCAACAAUGAAAAUGGAAAUUAUUGUUAAUAAGAAGAAACUUUCUUCUGGAGAAAAUAUUAUUCAGCUAGAGACUUCUGUUGGAGGUGCUAUUAGAAAUUUCGAUCGUGCUUACUCCAUUAAAGUACCACGAAGACGAUUUUUACCCGUGAAGAAAACACAAGAUUUACUUGCCAUAAUGAGUGACUUAUAUGAAAUCGCAGAUGAUUUUUCGCUACGUUUACGAUCCAAUAGACCUAUACCCCAUCAACCGACCAUCAAACUUUCGAGCCAUUUCAAUAUGUUGGCUGAAUUUCAUUGUCGUUUCAGUUCGAUUCCAUCUCUAGUUGAUCUUACUCAUAUGGUUGUCGACGGAAAUGUCUACUUUGGUAGCGAUAUAACUCUCAAAGGUGAUAUAGUAAUUAUAGCCGAUGAUGGCGAGGAACUGACGAUACCGGCGCGUUCAUUUAUUGAAAAUAAAUUGCUUCGAGGCCGUUUAAAAUUCAAAGAAUUGAAUUAA